CCUGUGCAGUCAGGGCUGCAGGGCUGUGGGCAGCAUGUCCGAGGGUGGGGAGACGCGUGCGGAUGCAGGAGGAGAGGACACUGCUGCUACCGGCCCCUUCAGCUUCAGCUCAGAACCAACGCUCGAGGACAUCCGCCGCCUCCAUGCUGAGUUUGCUGCUGAGCGAGACUGGGACCAGUUCCACCAGCCUCGGAACCUCCUCCUGGCCUUGGUGGGGGAAGUGGGGGAGCUGGCAGAGCUCUUUCAGUGGAAGACGGAUGAGGAGCCUGGGCCCCAAGCCUGGCCCCCCAGGGAACGAGCAGCCCUUCAAGAGGAGCUCAGUGACGUCCUCAUCUACCUGGUAGCACUGGCAGCCCGCUGCCGUGUAGAUCUGCCCCGAGCAGUGCUCUCCAAGAUGGACACCAACCGGCAACGCUACCCAGCGCAUCUGUCCCGCGGCUCUGCCCGCAAGUAUACAGACUUGCCCCAUGGGACCACCUCUGAAAACCAGGCUGUGGGGCCUGAAGACCUUGCCUGUGAGUCCACAGGUCAGGCCUCAACCUAGAAACAUAGGCACAGAACCUGCAACUCAGCAUGGCAUCUGAGAAGCAGAAGGUGCCCCAGACAUGUACUUCAUUCUAGUCCUUUCCUAACAGAUCAAGGGCCUGGGGGCUAUGCUUCUUGAGGUCUGAGGCUCAAGAACCUCCAGAAGAUAGCCUCCUGGUUUUUUCUCCCUCAAUAAAAGUUUCGGUUAGCAA